CCAUUAAAAGUAUAAAGCGCAGAUUUGUGAACAAAAUUCUUUUGAAAUUUUUUUUCAAUUUAAAAAUUGUCAACUGAACAAAAAUAUUUUUAUAUGGAGGAUUGAAGAUGUUUCAAAAAACACGCAUAAAGUUUUUAAGCGUAUUGCUUGUUUUACUUUUUUUAUGCAAUCAAGAAACUGGAGCAGCACCUAUUGAAAUGGAUAUUCCCAAAUCAAAUACAAGAAUUAAAAAUGUAAUGGCAAAUAUUCUUGAAGCUAAUAAAAACGAACCCGAUAUUAAAUACCCUUUUAAAACAAGAUUUUCUCGAAGCAUUUCUCAUUAUAAGCUUACUUGGCAAAAGGACGAUGAUGGCUAUGUUAAGGUGCCAUAUGAAUUUGAAGCUGGAAUUCCAAUUGAAGAUGCUGGUCAUAUAUAGGAUUCCUUGGCGCUGGUGCACAGGAAUUGUCUUUAAAUUAUCCUGGUUGCAUAGUAUUAGGAACAGUUGUACAUGAGAUGUUGCAUGCUUUAUCAUUUGGCCAUUCAAUGGCGCGUAGAGAUAGAGAUAAAUACAUCAAGAUAGACUACAGCAAUAUUCCAUCAUAUUAUUACUCUCAGUUUGAAAAGCAUUUACCUGGGGAGGCGGUCGUACAUGGCCAAGAGUUUGAUGAAAAUUCUGUAAUGAUGUAUCCUAGAUAUGCAUUUGCAUUAGAUCCAUCAAAACCAACAAUUACGUGGUUAAAUGAUCCAAAUAGAGAAUUCCGAGCACAAAUGUGGUCUCCUAGAGAUAUAAUUGGUGUCAACAGGCUAUAUAAAUGUUAUGGGUACCAAAUGUAUGAAUAACUUUCGUUUUGAAAUUAAUGUGCACAAAAUAUUUUAACCGGUCAUUUAAUUGUCGUCAUUGUCGUUGAUUUCUGUAUUCAAUGUUUUUCUUUAGCAACUUGUAGUUUGUACAUAUUUUUUUAAACAUUGUUUAUAAAAAUGUUAAGUAUAAAGUUGUUCAACUUUAAGAAGUUUUAUAAUUUGGUUAAUCACUUUAAAUGUAAGAACACAAUAUUUCUUAGAUUUAUAUAUAUAUAAAUAUAUAUCAGUAAUUUA